CGCUCGCUAUCUGGAAAUGGAGUGCUAGUUUCAAAUAGAGAUUGUGUGGGUGUGAAGUGUACUGAAGAUCGAGGUUUUUCUUCUUACUAACUUUGUCAAAGAGGCUAAAAAAACAAUAAAUGACCAACGAAACUUCGAGUGAGUAGGAUAAGGAGGAGUAGUCGGAGGAUCUGAGAAGGGAAUUAGAGAAAAAAGAGCAGCAGCUCAGUAAUAACACCUAGGCUUUUGAAUUAACUCUGCGAUUUGGAAGACGGGGGAAAUGAAAGUAGAAGAAGUUAUCGAAACUCGGAACCACAUGUUCAAUCUUUUUUUAGCGGUUUCCCCAGAGAUCUUUAUCAUUAACGCAACCUUCAUUUUGCUCAUUCAUGGAGUUGUAUUUAGUACCUCUAAGAAAGAUGAUUAUCCACCGUUAGUUAGUAAUGUGGGUUGGCUUGGAUUACUUAGUGUUCUAAUAACCUUGCUUCUGCUCGCCGCUGGCGCACCUCUCCUAACUAUUGCCCAUUUAUUCUGGAAUAAUUUUUUUAGGAGGGACAAUUUUACAUAUUUCUGCCAAAUCCUUCUAUUAUUAAGUACGGCUGGUACCAUUUCGAUGUGUUUCAAUUUUUUCGAAAAAGAGAGGUUUGAUGCUUUUGAAUUCAUUGUAUUAAUUCCACUUCCUACUCGCAGUAUGCUCUUAAUGAUCCCGGCUCAUGAUUUAAUUGCCAUGUAUUUAGCUAUUGAGCUUCAAAGUUUAUGUUUUUAUGUGAUCGCAGCAUCAAAAAGAAAGUCUGAAUUUUCCACGGAAGCCGGCUCAAAAUAUUUGAUCUUAGGUGCAUUUCCCUCUGGAAUAUUAUUGUUCGGGUGCGACCGGACUACUACCGAUCAAUUUUUUGGAACUUAUUUAUAGACUUGUAGAGACCCUCUACGUAGUUGUAAUUCUAGGGCAAUCGAU